AUGCCCACCCGAACCCCUGUCCUGACUGACAAGGCCCCAGCGCCUCGUGAGGUCUACAGUCAAGCCAUUGUGGCCAAUGGCUUCGUCUUUUGUUCUGGUCAAAUUGGCAAGAAUCCGGCAACUGGUCAGAUGGUCAGUGGGACAGUCACAGAUCGCACUCGCCAAACCAUCGAGAACUUGGGACGUGUUCUUGAAGCAGCCGGCUCUAGUUUGAACGAUGUGGUAGAGGUGGAUGUCUUCCUUACUACAAGGGAUGAUUUUGCCGCCAUGAAUGAAGUCUAUCUCGAGUAUUUUGGCGAACUCAAGCCCGCACGCACAUGCGUGAUUGUUAAGGAACUUCCCUCGCCGACAGAUGUGGAGAUUAAGUGUACGGGACUGAUUACAAAGUGA